GAUUCCAGCUCUUGUCUCUCCUUUUCUGUGAUUCACGGACAGGGCAGUAAUCUGACAGCUACGCGCAGAUGGCAAGGGGCCAACUUUUCAAUCCCAAGCUUUUGUCGGCGAUAUUGCCUUCAUUAUUGUAGUAUUGUUUGCUGAUAUUCAUAUCCUCCAGGUACAGUGCACAGUGUACAGUGUAUGUGUCACUGAGCCUGAGGUAGGCUGAGGUAGGUACGUGGUUCACAUCACAUCGCCCCUCAGCCACGUCCACGCACCGCUAGCCCCGGCCUCAUUGGAGCUGCAGUCAGUAGAGUGGCUAUCACGUCGUUGGACUUGGUAAUCGUAGGACCUUGGCCUAGGCCUAGGCCAUGGAAGCUGCUUUACUGUACAUGUGUGAAUCCGAGGAUCCGUUCGGUUCCGAGGAAUCUCCAGGAACUACUGCACUGGAUUGAGUGGCAGCACAUCACACAUCAGUGGGGUAUUGUACUACUCCCUGGUUCUGAUGUCUUCUUACACCGCUCCCAGUGGAGCACAGCCAUGCUAUUCCGCUUUUACUGCAUGCGAUUGUGAUCCGGGAGAUGCCAUUCCAAGCGAACAGGCUGUAGAGUGUAGGCAAUGACAGUACACGUUGCAGGUUCGUAUGCGGAGUUAUAAAAACCGUGAACAUUGUCAUUGCCUCAGCAGUCCUGUCACAACCCAGUGUUUUUCUUUUCACACAGUUCCAUCGUUGCACAAAGAGGCUUCAUUUUUUUGUAUAUCUGGUACAAGUGGGGCACAUAACAUUUUCAAUGAUGUCCUGCCCUCUUGCAAAAAUAGAGGAGGCUAGCCCAUUGUCGCUGCGCCACGACGAAACUAACGAUGUUCAAGCAGUUCGGCGCUUCCUGCAACUCCUGGAACGAAACGCAGAGCCAACGCGGAGAGCGCUCAACGCGUGCCUGUUCCUGUACGCCAUGUGCAUAACGCUGGCUUUCGCACUGCUGGCCAGUUACGUGGUGUUGGGGCAGAACACAAACAGCCAGCUGCUUUGGUCGCAGUCCGAAUUAUCACCUUCCGCUUCAGCUCAGCUAGAACCUCUCGUCACCGCGCUAAAUUUGAUCGGAAUGAGGCAGCAGACUGACGUUUCUCCUCCGGAAAUACCCAUCAGCAACGACGUGCAAGGCUCUGAUCGCAGUUCAAGAAGCAAGCGACAGGUACAGCCAUGCGCCACGGUUGCACCGGCGACAGAGAUUAGAGAGGAGCAUCACCACUGGUACAGAGGCAAGAAGGUUGGCAGUAUGAGCAUGGUCAAACCAGCUGCACAUUUGGUCGGCGUAGUCAAGUACUUUAACAACAGCCGGGGAGAACCUGGGUCAAAACUCACCUGGAGCAGAACGUCAAGAAAGUCCUAUAUACGCGACGUGGGUCUGGAUAGCACGAAUCGGACGAUUGUUAUUCGCCAGUCAGGCAUGUACUACGUAUUUGCUCAGGUCACCUUUGAUGAUCCCAGCUUGCUGUACGACGCCUUGAAGCUGGCUGUCGACGGCCAUGACAAGGUCCAAUCGCAGGUGCCGAACAAUUUGGUCUGGAGCAAGGAGCAGGGGACGAGUAAAGUGCGGCACACGCUCGACCGAGCUGGGAUCCGCUUCUCGCCAGUAAGGGCAGACCGGAAGCCCAACCCCGUUAUUCAGAAGGACCAAGAGCUGGAGUUCCGCAAGACGGUGACCGUGCAGGCCCUGCUGCAUUUGGAGAAAGCUAGCAGGGUGGAGGUGAACCUGGGGUGCUCCCGACCCAGCAGAGAUGAGAAUGGUCAGUCAGUCGAAUGCAAGCCAGUGCUGUACAAGCAAGGUGGACGCAGUGGUGAUGUCAACUACUUCAGUCUUUUCAUGAUCUAACGUCAAGAGCAGGACCCCAUCUCGUACUGCCAAGUGGUAUUCACCAUUCCGUCUCAUAGUCAUACAACCAAGCCAUAUUGGCUCGAGUAUAUAGGACUGAAACCAAGUUAUCGCUAUCAUAGCAAACAUGAGGACUACACGGGAACUACGUUCUUGCAAGUGGUGUAUAAUCACUCAGCACCUGCAUGUGAAGGUUUGCUGCCAGCGGGAUGUUAGUGGAAUAGAUUGCCACGUCUUUCACCCGAAUCAUUUUUAAAAACAGCCCCCGGCAGAACCAUCAUGCCAGCUUUUCGUCAAUUGUGAAGUCAUGUGACAUCUGCUUUUCUUUACAGCAUACUCUUAUCAGCUGCACUGUGAGAGAAAAUCCCAAUUACUUGAAGCAUAAGUUCUGUUUGAACUGUAUUUUUCAGAAGCAUAGCAUGCAGCAUCAAUACCACCACACAUUCUGCUCCAUUUAAAAGUAUACGCAACUUUCUCGCACGAUUGCUUCACAAAAGACUUGAUUUCUGUGGAUCUUGCUUUGUCCAACCAGCUGAGGUGCAGAAUCAUGACAACCUAAACGGUAUCGCUGUUGAAAUGUUUCUCCUUUUGAGUACUCGUCAAUACAGUCCAAGGACUUGAA